AUGCUUUGGUGCAGAUGUGGUGUCCUGCUGGCUCUCUGCAUCUGUCCUCUAGCCUGCCUUGCAGUGUCUCCCUGUCCUACUGGGUGCUGCUGCCCAGGAUUUCUGGUUCUGUGUGAGUCACUAGGCCUGAGGUCACUCCCUCGCUCGGUUCCUCUCAGUACCUCAGCUCUAUCUGUGGCCAGAAACCAGCUCUGUAAUGUGGACCACCAGCUCUGGCCCUUCUCCGGCCUCCAGGAGCUCAGCCUCAGUCACAAUCUGCUAGCCCGCUUCCCUCGUGGCCUGCCUCCCAGCCUGGAGUCCCUGCAGCUGCAAGAAAACCGCAUUACUUACAUCACCUCAGGUGUCCUGAGGCAGCUGGGAAACCUCACUCACCUGGACUUAGAGGACAACCGUAUUCGUGCCAUCCAGCCCGGGGCACUUCAGGGUCUCCACAAGCUGCAGGUCCUGACGCUGAAGGGGAACAGGCUUACCAGUCUCCCCAUGAGUCUUCCACCAUCACUGACCCACUUAGAUCUUUCAGAAAACUGCAUCUCUGCCUUGGACCUGCGCUCACUGUCUGCCCUGGUCAACCUGCAGGUCCUGAAGAUCAACAGCAACUGCCUGCGGUCAGUCCCAGAGAGCGCCUUUGACAGCCUGCCACGUCUCAGAUCUGUGGACCUCACCAACAACCUGUGGGUGUGCGAGUGUGACAUUCUGUAUCUAUACCGCUGGCUGCUGAGCGGUAGGCUUAAGAUGGCCACAGACAUUGUGUGCACAGAGCCUGAUCAUCUCGCCCACCGUCUGCUUCUGAAUCUCUCUGUCGUGGCCAUCUGUCCUCGUGUCCUGAAGCCAAAUGACAGGACACACGAACGUGACCUCAGCUUUGCACAGGCGAGGAUGCUAACAGUGCAGCCAGCAGAGAAAAUAUCAAAACUAGCCACUAAUGGACUGCUUUCCAAAGCUCCAAACAGUAAUCAAGACUCUUCCAAGACGCGUGUCUUGCACUACUCUUUAGAGACUCUUACCUAUGAGGAGUGUUUAUCCCUAAAUAACAGUCAGUCAGUCAGCCCCUUCCAAUUAAAGACUACUACUUCUCUCCCUGAGGAGGAACAGAGGUGCAGAGACAACAUUACAGCUCGAUACCCUCAGAGUAACAUAACCCCUGCUGAGGGGACACAGUUCUUGCUAUCCACACAUAGAGAUGCACUCGUGCCCACUCUCGUCCCACAGCCAUUCACUCAGCAGGCCUCUGCAGCGAUAGUCUCUCUGCUCAUUGUGCUGUGUGUGUUAGUGGCUCUCGUAAUGCUGGCAGUGCUGCUCAUGCUGAAAAAGGUGCUCGUGCGUCAGCAGAGGGUGGCUCCUGCUGAUUCAGGAUCAGCAGGAUGA